UCCUUGAUUGGCCUACUUCUAGGAACCGAAGUCUCGCGUGCUUAUUGGCUCCGGCCACUUAACGCUAGAUGGACGGACCUGGGCGCCAGCCAAUCUCACCACAGCGUGUGAGAGUGGGCGGUCGGUGCAGCGCAGUGGGGAUCCCCCGGCGGCAGACAGGAGACAACAGGAGGGAAAGGCAGUGUGUGAUGAGUUUGUCAAGAAGAAAGGAAUGGAAGGAGGGAAAGCCUACAAGUCCACAUUCACCAUAUCUGCCUUAGCGAGUGGGCUAGUGAUGCGCAUGCGCAAAAGGAAGACCCUGAUUGGCUUGUGGGACGGUCUCAACGCCCUGUCCCAACCAAUCCACAUGCGCCGGGGGUGGGGCCUGGCUCUCACUGGCUGGUGCAGCCUUUGCGCGCGGGUUUCAUUGCCCCGCGGCUUUUGCCCGAGUUGUUCGCUUUAGUCCCGGCGCUAUGGGGUCGGAGCUGAUCGGGCGCCUAGCCCGGCGCCUGGGCCUUGCCGAGCCCGACAUGCUGAGGAAAGCAGAGGAGUACUUGCGCCUGUCCCGGCUGAAGUGUGUCGGCCUCUCUGCGCGUACCACGGAGACCAGCAGUGCAGUCAUGUGCCUGGACCUUGCAGCUUCCUGGAUGAAGUGUCCCUUGGACAGGGCUUAUUUAAUUAAACUUUCUGGUUUGAACAAGAAGACGUAUCAGAGCUGUCUUAAAUCGUUUGAGUGUUUACUGGGCCUGAAUUCAAAUAUUGGAAUAAGAGACCUAGCUGUACAGUUUAGCUGUACAGAAGCAGUGAAUAUGGCUUCAAAGAUACUAAAAAGCUAUGAGUCCAGUCUUCCCCAGACACAGCAAGUAGAUCUUGACUUAUCCAGGCCACUUUUCACUUCUGCUGCACUGCUUUCAGCAUGCAAGAUUCUAAAGCUGAAAGUGGAUAAAAACAAAAUGGUAGCCACAUCCGGUGUAAAAAAAGCUAUAUUUGAUCGACUGUGUAAACAACUAGAGAAGAUUGGACAGCAGAUCGACAAAAUGAAGAAGGUAGAGGAGAUGCCACAUAAACCACAGAAAGAUGAAGAUCUGACACAGGAUUAUGAAGAAUGGAAAAGAAAAAUUUUGGAAAAUGCUGCCAAUGCUCAAAAGGCUACAGCAGAGUAAUUUCAGCUUCCAGACUGGUAUGCAUUCCAAACUGAUAGUACAUUGCCACCUCCAGGAAGACUUGAGAGCUUUGGGAUUUUGUUUAAACUUUUAUAACAAGGAUCCUAAGACUAUUGCCUUAAUAGCAAAGCAGCCUACCCGGAGGCUAAGUCUGGGCAGUGGGCUGGUCCCUGGUGUGGGCAUUAGACCAGCCACAGUGCCUGAUUGGUAUAACCUCAUGCGCUGUCCUACAAAAUGGAAUUGGAGGCCGGGUGCAGUGGCUCAUGCCUGUAAUCCCAGCACUUUGGGAGGCCGAGGUGGGUGGAGCUCGAGACCAACCUGGCCAACGUGGUGAAAUCCCGUCUCUACUAAAAAUAUAAAAAGUAGCCAGGUAUGGUGGUACGUGCCUGUAAU